GGGCCCGCGGCCCAGAGCGUGCGCCCAGCCCUGAGCGAGGCCCCGCAGGGCGCCCCCCGCCGCUGACAAUGAGUCACUGCAGCAGCCGCGCCCUGACACUGCUGAGCAGCGUGUUCGGGGCCUGCGGCCUGCUGCUCGUGGGCAUCGCGGUCAGCACGGACUACUGGCUGUACAUGGAAGAAGGGACGGUGCUGCCGCAGAACCAGACCACCGAGGUCAAGAUGGCGCUGCACGCCGGCCUCUGGCGGGUCUGCUUCUUUGCAGGUCGGGAGAAGGGGCGCUGCGUGGCCUCGGAAUACUUCCUCGAACCAGAGAUCAACUUGGUGACGGAGAACACGGAGAAUAUUUUGAAGACCGUGCGCACCGCCACGCCCUUCCCCAUGGUCAGCCUGUUCCUCGUGUUCACCGCCUUCGUCAUCAGCAACAUCGGCCACAUCCGCCCGCAGAGGACCAUCCUGGCCUUCGUGUCCGGCAUCUUCUUCAUUCUCUCGGGCCUCUCCUUGGUGGUGGGCUUGGUUCUUUACAUCUCCAGCAUCAAUGACGAGGUCAUGAACAGGCCCAGCAGCUCGGAGCAGUACUUUCAUUAUCGCUACGGGUGGUCUUUUGCCUUCGCUGCCUCCUCCUUCCUGCUGAAAGAGGGGGCCGGCGUGAUGUCGGUGUACCUGUUCACCAAGCGCUACGCCGAGGAGGAGAUGUACCGCCCGCACCCGGCCUUCUACCGCCCCCGGCUCAGCGACUGCUCCGACUACUCGGGCCAGUUCCUGCAGCCCGAGGCCUGGCGCCGAGGCCGCAGCCCCUCGGACAUCUCCAGCGACGUGUCCAUCCAGAUGACGCAGAACUACCCCCCGGCCAUCAAGUACCCGGACCACCUGCACAUCUCCACCUCGCCCUGCUGAGGCCGGCGCGGAGUCCCGCCCCGCGGCCCCUCGCCCUGCCACUCCUCCCGGGCCCUCCGCGGGUGCCUCGGCUCUGCGGUCCCUCGCUCCCAGGAGAAGGGCGCCUGGCGGCCCCAUCACCGCAGGCCACGCCCUCAUGAAUAGCUCCGCCCUUCGAGGACGCCCGACCGCCACCGCAGGCCACGCCCACCACUCGAAUUCAGCAGCUCCUCUCGAGGGCGCCGUCGGCUCAUCAAUGCAGACCACGCCCACCUCCCCCCUUAUCCAAUAGCUCCUCCCCUUUAUAGGGUGGGACACUGCCCACUGCUAGACCACGCCCGCGGCCCCUCAUUUCAAUAGCUCCUCCUCUUUAGAGGGUGCUGCCCUGCCGCGUCACUAGACCACGCCCACCACCCCUCCUUUUAAUAGCUCCUCCCUUUACAGGGAGCCAAGCAGGCCCGUUGCUAGGCCACGCCCACCGUCCCUUAUUUGAAUGGCUCCUCCCCUCUAGAGGGUGCUGCACCGCCUCAUCACUCUGCCUCAUUUCAGUAGCCCCACCCCUUUCCAAUCUCUCCUCCUCAUUGGUCCCUUCCAUUUGCCCCAUCCCGCCCCUUUCCCCGGCCCCUCCCCUCCCCAGGAGGAAUCUGCUCCUCCUGGCCAGCAGCCCCCCAACCUCCGGCUCACCCGCGGGGCGCCGGGCUGGAGAGUGCGGUCGGCAGCCACCAGGAAUGCCGCUCGCCUUCUCCUCCCCUCCGCCCCGCCCCUCUCCCGUGGCACCGCGCCGCCUGGCCUGGGGUGCUGCGGUGCUGGGGUAAUGGGGUGCAGGCCUGGGAGAGGCUGGGCUGCGCCCCCUCGCUCCCCUGGGACACCCCGACCUUCCCCACCCCCACUCCUCCGCCCACGCUCCCUUCUCCCUGCACCCGCCGGUCCACAGCCCUGGAGCGUCCAGCCAGCGCCCCGAGCGCCCCAAGCGCGAGGCUGGGUCCCGGGGUGCCGUGCCCGCCCGUCCCCCCUCGAGGCCCCGUCGAGGGAGGGAGGGGCAGUAGCGGGGGUCCACGCCCCCUCGCCUGGUCUUCCACUUCUGGCUCAGCUUCUCCUCCAUCUCAGACCCCCACUCUGGCCUCUGUCAAGGCCCACGCUCCCCUUUGGACAGGUGGGGGGAGGGAGAGGUCCCCAGACCAUCGCCCCCCGCGUCCAGGGCGGGCGAGUAGCACAGCGUCGUACACGGAAGCAGAGGGGCCCCGGGGUGGGGGGAGGGCGGGGGCCGGGGCUUUUAGUCUGCAUCUGGGGGGCAGCAGUUAACCCGUCUCGCGCAGCGAUUUUUAACGAGGCUGGGGGGAGGGGCGGGGGGCGGGGGGCCUGGCUCUGUUAUUUACCGUGUAUCAUAUGUAAAUACUGACAGAAACUUCAAUAAACUUUAUUUCAAACA